UUUUGAGCAUGUUGCUCCUGACAACGAGUGCCGCGUUGACACCCCGGUAGUCUGGUCAUUUUCGUCUUGUUGUUUAUAUAGGAGAAAUGAUAAACAUCCUAUUGAUACCUUGAAAAUGACAGACAUUUUGUGCAGGUGGCUAAAUGAUGAUGUCAAAAUUUCCAAAAAAGUCGAUCAAACUAGUUUUGCUCAUGACUUUUCAUCUGGAUACUUAAUUGGGGAGAUCUUGAACAAGCACCAACUACAGAAUGACUUUCAUCUGUUUUCUCAAGCUAGGACAACAAAUGCCAAGCUUAACAACUUUACACGCAUGGAACCCAACAUGCAUCUACUUGGAAUUCCAUUUGAUACAAACAUUGCACGGGAUGUUAUGACAGAGAACUAUGGUGUUGUCACACGCCUCAUGUACCAACUUUACAUAGCACUUAACAAUAAAAAGAAGGCCAAUCUAACUGGUAUUGCCAUGGAAACCCAACGUCCAGCAGCUCCUGCCAAACUUAAUGCUGUUGAAAGUGGCAUGUACAAAGAGAAAUCUGAAGAGCAGCGCUUGAAGCAUAUAACACCACGGCAGACUGAUCUCAACUUAGAUGAAAUGGCAUCCCGAUUUCAUGAGCAUCAGAUCCUAAUGGAGCAGACAGCAUUUCGUGAAAGGUUUGUGGAAGCUGAGCUUCAGAGGCAGAAGCAUCAGGAAGAGCGACUGAUGCUGCUUGAGAGGGCAAGGAUUAUGCGAGCCAAACAGAGUGAGAUGGUGGCCAAGAUUAGAGCUGCAACUGUGAACAUUCCCCAUCCCCCAUCAAACUUGACUGAAGCAGCUCUUCAGGAAAAGAAAGCACAGAGACUGAAGAGAGAGGCAGAGGAAAGUAUUAAUGAGAUUGCAAAGUUUGAGGACAAACUGAGACUAGUCCUUCCAGCUUCUGAUGAUGAUGAUGAUGAUGGGGGCGAGAUAGACAUUCAGUACAUUUUGAAGCGAGAUGAGGAUCAUCAAGAAAACCUGAAUAUCAUCCGGACUAGUUCUGAUGAUGAAUACAUUGGCAAAAUUCGCAAGCGUCUGCACGAAGAUUCUGCUGCUCGUGAGGAAAGAGAGAAACGCCGUCGCAAAGUGCUUAGAGAGCAGCUGGCAGCCCAUCAAGCACAAGAAGAGGCUCAGAGGGAGGAGAUGAUGGUGAACCGCUUGAUGCGCCAGUCACAACAGGAGCGACGUAUUGCUGUGCAGCUGCUGCAGGCUCGACAUGAAAAAGAAGUGAUCCGCAACAACCGCAUGGUUCGGGAACAGCAGUAUCAAGAGCGGAGAGUGAAGGACUUUGAGGAAGCUCUCAAUCGAGAGGCAGAAAUGGCCCGCCUUCAAAAGGAAGAAUAUAAGGAACAGAUUCAUUAUGAAAUGGAACGUCAUGCUGCCAUUGCUGCCCAGCGUGCUGAAGAUCGCUACCAUCGGCAUUAUGACUUCUGUUUUGAGGUUGUUGGACAUAUUGUUGACUUUGCAUGCAAGGUGGCUGAAUACAGGGAGCUUACUGCCAAAAAGUUACCAGCAAAGUUGGUUCAAGAUUGGAAAGCACUCUUUCAAAGUGGAUAUUCUUUGUAUGAAGAAGAAUCAGUGGAAAAAGAUGAGCUGACACCAGAGCAGAUUCUUGAGGAGGAGCGCCAGCAGCUCCUGGAUGAGGGCGAUUUCAUGGAAUAUAAGAACAUGAUUGGAGAGUGGUCUCCACCUGAAGUUUCAGACAUCAAAGGGCCACCACGCAACAAUCCUGUUGUGGGACACAUCAUCCAGCGACUGUUCAAUAUGGUGCAUCCCCCAACCCCUCCCCCUGCACCCCCAGAGUUCCCUCCAUAUCCUGUUCGAGCUUGUGUGCUGGGAAAAGCAUUUUCUGGCAAAACAACAGUUCUUAAGAAACUUGCUGAAGAGCAUCGGCUUCAGAUUCUUCAGGCAGAGAAGCUGGUCAAUGAAGCCAUUGAGGCUUUUAAAAAUAAUGAAACUGAUGAAGUUAAGCCUAAUCUUGAGACAGAAAAUCAACCUUUCAGGGAAGUGCCAUCAGACCCAACCACAGGACAGCCAGUGCCAGAACCACAAACUGGUGAUUUGGAUAUAUCUACUGAUGCAAUCAUCACAGACAAGCCAUCUGUUGAUCUUCUAAAAAAGUCAUUGGGAGGGGACCCCAGUCAAGAAGGGUUGGAGGAGGUGUCAUCCAAAUCAUUGAGCACACAGGCAUUACAAGGAAAGAAACAGGAUUCUAAUGAGCUGUCAGUCAGAGCUAGACUGGGCUCCAGAGCCUUGAAGUAUUUAAAGAAAGGUCGCCCUGUUGAUGACCCAACCAUAGUGGACAUUCUUGUUGAUGCUAUCAGACGUGUUCCAGAGGGCACAGGUUGGGUAGUGGAUAGUUUUCCCCUGAAUUACAGUCAAGCCAAGCUCCUGGAGAAAGCUCUCAGUGGCUUUGAUGCCGAUAUAAAACAGCAGAAAUCACAGAAGUCACGCCAGUCGAAUCUGGUGCCGGACCCUCGACCUCCUCCGCCACCACCUGAACCCUCAAGCAGCAUUGAUGUUGUCAUUCUUUUUGACAUCGAUGAUAAGCUCUGCUUGAAGAGGGCUAGAGGACGCACAUAUGCUAUCCAGGCAGAUCAGCAGUACCAUGAAGAAUUCAACCCACCACCAGAGGGCAGUGCCACAGGACUGGGUAAACAGGAGAAGGUAAUUCCUGUGACUGAACCUGCCUACACCCAGGAACAGCUCCAAAACAGGCUGACAGCUUUUCAUGAUUCUUGGGGAAAGCUAGAGAAGUGGUAUGUCAAGUUUGGCAAGCUUAAGAAGGUGAAUGCAGCUGAUGAGGAGUUGGCUGUCUACUUUGAAGUGGAAAAAAUCUUGGAGGACACCAUUUCUAAGCUUCAGGGCAAAGGUGUGGAGACAUCAACUGAACAGACAGAUAAUAUCGUGCAGAAAGUUGAGGAAGUUCCACAGGCUGCUCCUGGAGCACCACCAGAAGCAGUUCCGGUGGCUGGUUUGGUGGAGACACCACCUGGUGGGCCAGAUGAGACAUCUGGGCACAUCUCCAGGAGUCGCAGCAGUUCUGGUUCGAUGAAAAAGCUUGGAUCAGCUACAUCAAAGGAGGCGAAGAAGGAGUCAAUAAAGAAGGGAUCUAUGCAGAGAAAUACCAGUGCCAGGAAAAGUCCUUCAGGUGUGAAGUCAUCCAAGGGUGGAAAGCCAGGAGCAAAACUUAAAACUCCUGAGCCAGAGCCAGAACCUGAACCAGAAGAACCACCUGGUCCUCCACCUCCUCAACCAGCUGACGAGGAGUGGGAAUUUGUUGAUCUGGAGAUUGAGCAGGACCUUGCUGCUGUGUUGUCAACUCAAUGGGAGACUGUGGAAAACACUUAUGUGACAGAUGCAAAGUUUGUCUUCCACCAAGUGCGAUAUGAAAGGGAAAAUGUAUAUCGCUACUUCUAUCAGAUCAGGAAGGACUUUUUGGAAUAUCUACGACGCCCUGAUCACAAGCAGGAGUUUGUGGCUCAGUGGCAGAAGGAGUUCAACAUGGUACCUGAUGACAUGCGAGAUGAUCAAGAAACUCGAGCAGAACUUCACCAGCGUGUGGACGAUCUUCGUGAACGGCUGUGGAACAUUUGUGAUGAACGCAAGGAAAAUGCUGAACACGAAAGAAGAACCAUCAUAAAUGAUGGUUGGCUUAAUGACCAUCUGGGCAUCCUUAAUAACUAUUACGUCACCCUCAUGCAGACCGAGUUGGAUAGACUUCAAGACACUGUGCGACUCUUGAAGGAUUAUUACAAGGGCAUGGAUGGCCAGAUUCCUGAUCCUUUCAAUCCCCAGUUUGAAAGGCUACCUUUGGUGGAGCUUCCUGUAGACAGAUCAAAAGAAAGAGAAAGAGACCAAGGAAGGGAUUCUGGUACCCCUAGUGUUUCAUCUGAUACCCAUCUAGCAAAGACAGAGUCUGCUAAAUCCCCUCGUAUAAAGUCACCAAGAGACCCAAUUAAGUCGCCAAAAGAAGGUGGUAAAUCCCGCACACCAUCUGGCAAAAAUCGAAGUAGUGUGAAGAUAGAGAAAGACGAGGUACCAGAAAUUGGAAACGACAAUUAUCUCAAAAUCAAAAUCCCUCUCAUUGCACGACGCCCACGAUCAUCAGAAGGCGAAGUCAAGAUGAGCAAUGCUAACAAGGAUAAGAAGAAAGGUGCCAAGAAAAUAAACGAUGAGGGUGGUGUGUCUGAGAGCCCCCAACCUCCAACUGAUCCAGAUGAAAGAAUGAUCUUUGAUGCUUACAGCUUGGCUAUUGCUGGUGUGGAUCAGAUAAUUGGUGCAGAAAUGGCAGCCAAAGAGGCAGAAGAAGAAGCUGAGAGAGCAAAAGAACUGGAGAAAGAAAAAGCUAAGAGCGGCAAAGGCAAAGGAGGAAAGAAGGGUUCCUCUCCAGCUCCAGUAAAGAAAGGAAAGAAAGAUGUAGAAGCAGAAAUAACACCACCCCUUUCUGAUGAGAUGACGGAAGAAGAAAAGCAGAAAAAGCAGAUACGGGACAAAAUGCGUCAAGAGUAUUAUUUUUCCAUCAAGGAAGAGGAGACAGCAACUCACAUGAGAAUGGAUCUUAUCAAGGUCAUUGCCACUGCUGUUAUCCAAGAUCUGAAAAAUAAGGCUGAUAGUGCAUACAAAGACAUGGAUGACUGGCUUGGAGCCAGGUUUCUGAAGGAGAUGGAAAGCAUUGACACCAUGUCAGAGGUGCUGCGCCAUGCCAUCGAGAGUGGUCAGAAGCUGACGUACCAAGUCAUUCUUCAGCAAGAGGACUUCCUCAUUAACAGUGACUGUGUGAUUCUGAAAACCCCUUCUCCCCUUCCAGUCCCAGAGAAGGUGGAAGAGACUAGCUCUGACUGCUGGACUGUCAAGCAGCUGUACAGUCUUUGCCAGCAGUUCAGCACCAUAGCACCAUCUGGCAUGAUUUCAAGCAAAGCUUUUAUGGAGACAUUUGAGAAUCUUGUGGCCGUAUCUCAAGGAAUAGAGAGCCUGCCUGAAUUGUGGAUGAACAUCACACCUGCACAGAUUCAAGAGAUAACUUCAUCACUGCUGACAAAGACAGAUUAUGUUGACUGGCGACGCUUCCUGGUUGCUUUAGUAGAGCCCAUCCCCGUACCUACACAACAAGAGCUUCUAGAUACUUGCACACGAUUUCAUGAGAUGGACCAAAAGAAUUUUGGAUACGUCACCCGGGAACAGUAUGACAGAAUGGAUCUGUGGUUUGACUGUGGUAGCAUCAAUGAAGAAGAGUAUAAUCGUAUCUAUAACCUGAAAAAAUUACUCUUUGACAUUUUUGCUGACCAUUCUGCUGCUCCUUUUAAGAUGGACUACAUUAGCAUGUUGAUGUACUUUAGUGCCAUGCCAAAUUCUCAUGAAGGAUUCCUUCGAGCCCUCAGUGUGGCAUCAGGCACUCACAUGCCACGUUUGCAAAAGCCACUUUCAGAUGUUUCCCGCAUACCUUCAAAUGUAGAUUAUCCAGCAGAUGGGGGCAAUUUCCUAGAUACAAAUGAGCAUGAUGAGAAAGAUGAACAUCAGUCAUCAGCAGUAGAACCCCCAAUGACCAUGGAGGAACUGCCUGCAAAUGCCUUUGAUGCAUUGGUUCCCCUUGAUGCACUCUUCAGGGUCUUACACCAUGGAGAGAUCACCGAAAUGGACAGCUCUCGCUUUUUUGCGUCGGCAGAUCCUGAGAGCAUCACUUCAAGGGAGCGCUUAGUAUCAGUCUAUGAGGAUCUGGGUUUUGAGGAUCUGAAGCCUGCCCCCUACAGGGUGCUGAUUGAGCAUCCCAUCAUUCAGGAUGUUGUGGUUGCCUGCAACACUUUCAAAGCACUGGUGAGUUAUAUUCAUUUUAUCAAAGCUACCAAGAAAUAUGCAGGCGGCACUUCACCAUUUCAAAAGCAUGAUUGCUACAGUUGUCUUUUGUUAAUUUCUUAUGUGCUAUCUGUGGCAUUAACAUAUUCAUAGUGGUAUUUUUUUUUCACUACCUUGCCAUUUCUUGUAUUUGCAGCAAUUUUAUGAUUUCUAACUUUUUUUUUUUUUUUUACAAAUGCACAAUUAUUCUUUCCAUUUCUUGCUCAACCACAGAGUAAAUGUGGUUUUUGCUUUACAUGUGCAACUGAAUUGUGAAAAUUAUGUAAUAAUGAUGUUUAUUUGUUGAACACCAUUUCUUGACCAUCUAGUGUGAGCUUAAAGCACCUGACAUUAAUAAUAAAUAUGCAAACACAAAGGCCCAUGAGCACACUGUAGUUAGGCAUGAACUGUCAUGCAUUUUCCUCCCUAGAGUACCUGAUGAGAACUUCCAGUCCAGUGAACGAUUGUCACAUGAGACAUAUGUAUCUGAAGUAUUUUAGAUGAUAAAAACUGCUAAAUUUGGAAGUUCACUAAUGUGAAUGCUUCAUUAAGUAGUCUGCUGAAGUGGUAGCCAACAACACAUGCCAAUGUAACUAAUGAAUGGAAAACUGUACUUAGCUUUCCUAGAAAAUACCAAAAGUUUACAACACUUAAAAUCCAAUAGGAAAAUCAUUCAUUAUCAUCUAAACAUUUUUUUUUUGUUAUCUUACAUCAGCCUGCAGUGAAAUGGCAACACUUCAACAUAAACAACAAAAUAAGGCAUUGCAAAUCAUUUAAUGAUCUGAUGCUUUUCAGCAUUAGGUUAGCACACUAAUAAAUCUUAUUUCUUUUAUCGCUAUUUCAGGAUUUAAAAACGAUCCUUUCUUCUUCCACGGCAGCUGUUUGAAGACGAAGGAUGACCUUCAGUGCGUUGAUACAACAUGGCAGAAAAAAAAAAUCAUCCAUAAAAGACACUGAAAUAAAUAAUUUGUAACAAUUACACAUGCUUACUUUUCACCUUUUAGAUCUUUGCUCUUCACGAGUGUACAAAGGAAUUUGUAUGGCAAGUUUCUUUUCCUGAAUAUUAAAGUCAAUCUUGUACAUGA